UGUCAUCUUACUCCUGGGAAGAUAUCGAUGAUCAAUAGCUAUGUACCUACGUUCGGCCGCCUCUCUCUCUCUCUCUCUCUCUCUCUCUCUCUCUCUCUCUCUCUCUCUCUUUUUUUUUUUAUUUUUUUUAAUUGCCAUGUCUCUGGCACUUUCUUCUACCAAGCUUGGUCAGCUGCAGCGGCAGCGGCAAUGGCAACGGCAACACGCGCAAGCGUCAGCCACUUCACCCAACAUCUCCUACCACCAACCUCAUAGUGCGUCUCUGUUUACCUACCAACCCAGGCAGACGGGUUUCUAAAGGCAAGGGGGACCCCGCGCUGUCUCUUCCUCCCAACUGUCAGCCCGGAGAGGAGGAGGGUGACAU